AUGUCCGCUGCCGUGCUGCCCAUCGAUGCCGCAUCCCAGUCAAACUGGCACGACGUCGUCUCCGAGCACGUCGAUUUCGACUGGACCCUCGACUUCCAGACACAGACCAUCUCCGGCACCGCGACACACACUCUCCGCGUGAACACCCCCGGUGUGCAGCAGGUUGUAUUUGACACCCAGUAUCUCGAUGUCACCAAAGUGAUCGUCGAGGGCCGGCCAGGCGAUUUCACGCUCGGCAAGCACCAUGAGGUCAUGGGUGCACCGCUCAGCAUCCGCCUGCCCAUCAACCGCCAGGCGGGCGACAAGGUCCACCUCACCGUCCACUACAGCACCACCCACGAGUGCGCCGCCGUCCAAUGGCUCGACAAGCAGCAAACGCAGGGAAAGACCUUCCCGUUCAUGUUUAGCCAGUGCCAGCCCAUCUAUGCCCGCAGCAUGGCCCCCCUCCAGGAUACCGCCUCCGCGAAGAUAACCUACACUGCCAAAGUCGCUUCCGUCCUUCCCACAUUGCUCUCUGCUAUCCGCGUCUCUCCUCCGUCAACGGGCCCCGCACACGAUGGGAAGGAGAUUGGCAAGGAUGCCGUCGUUUACGAGUACAAACAGCCUAUACCCAUCCCCACAUACCUCAUCGCUAUCGCGGCCGGCAACUUCCGCUACCGCGCGUUUCCCAAAGUCGAGGGCAAGGACUGGAAUAUCGGCAUCUGGGCCGAGCCUGAGCUCAUUGACGCUGCUUACUGGGAGUUCAGCGAGGAUGUCGGCAGGUUCCUGUCUACGGCCGAGACGAUCCUGCCACCGUACCGCUUCGGUGUUUACGAUGUCCUCGUACUGCCUCCAUCCUUCCCCUACGGUGGAAUGGAGAACGCUUGUUUGACGUUCCUCACGCCUACCCUUCUCGUCGGUGACCGCACCCUCGUUGACGUCGUUGUCCACGAGCUCACGCAUUCUUGGUUCGGCAACGGCGUUACCCAAGCCAACUCGACCCACUUCUGGCUGAACGAGGGUUGGACGACCUACAUGGAGCGUGUCCUCCUCGAGCGUCUGCACACGCCCGCCGACCGUGGUUUCUCCUUCCUCAUCGGGUACAACUCGCUCAAGCAAGCGCUCAAGCAGUACGUGAACAAGCCCAAGUAUCAGCGCCUCGUCAUCAACUUUGACGAGGGCGAGGACCCGGACGACGCGUACAGCACCGUGCCGUACGAGAAGGGCUCGAACUUCAUCCUCCACCUCGAGCGCACGCUCGGCGGGCUGGACGUAUUCCUUCCGUACGUGUACGACUACGUGCACACGUUCAUGGGCAAGAGUAUCACUACGGAGCAGUGGAAGGAGCAUUUGUACGGAUACUGGAGCAAGCAUGGAGGCGAGGAGAAGAUCAAGGCUCUGGAUGGAAUCAAGUGGGAUGAAUGGUUCUACGGAGAGGGCCUUGAGCUUCCGGACGAGAUGGAGUACGAUCUAUCCCUUGCGACGGACGCGUAUGCCUUGGCCGCGAAGUGGGACGCCGUACGUUCUGAGGAAGUCUCCAAGCUCUCCUUCAGCGCGAGCGACGUCGAAAAGUUCAACGCCAACCAAAAGAUCGUCUUCCUCGAACGCCUUCAGUCCUUCCCCGCCCUCCCCUCGAGCCACAUCAAUCUACUCGGCGAGGUCUACUCGCUCGCCUCGUCCACGAACGCGGAGCUCCGCUGGCGCUUCUACGAGGUCGCGCUGCUUGAUCCCGCGUCUCCGUCCGCGAAGGGGUACGCGGCGCCGGCGGCCAAGUGGGUCACGGGCAACGACGGCACGGGCAUCCUCGCGGGGCGCAUGAAGUUCUGUCGCCCGACGUUCCGCGCGAUCGCGCGGGCGAACCGCGAGCUCGCGGUCGAGGUAUUCAACGCGAACAAGCUCGCGUUCCACCCGAUCGCGCGGCGGUUGAUCGAGAAGGACCUUGGCUUGGCGUAA